GUCUGUUCCUUCCAUUUGUAGGAAGGGGGGUCGAGUUGGGCUCAACAUGAACCUGCCGCUCUGACACUCCAGGCUGGGACAAGCAGGCAGCAGCCGGCCGGCCGCCCCCCGAGCAGCAGUCGCACAGGGGAACCUGCCUGGAGCGCUUUGAUCACCAGCACGAAGUCUUUACCUGGGUGCCAAAGCGCUCAUGGCUGUCGCUUACGGGGCUAUCACCAAUCCGGGCCUGCUGUCCCAGCAGUACCCGCCGCCCCUGCUUCCCAAGCCCGGAAAGGACAACGCCAGGCUACAGAAACUCCUCAAGAGAACCGCUAAGAAAAAGGCCUCCGCUCAGGCAUUGCAGCCCGCCACGCUUUUCCGCUCCAACCUUUCCCCUGUGAACGAAGCGAGUCCCGACCUCGAGCACAGCGACCACUCCACGCCUCCUAAGACUCCAGAGACUCCGUACAGCCUCUUCAGCGUCCAUGAGCCUCCGCGGUUCACCGUCAGACCGCUGUAUCGACAUGUGGCGUCCCCUUACCCACAGCGAGCAGCGUACGGCAGACCGGCGAGGUUCUCCCCUCAGACGGUGGCGCCCCCAUUGUACUCCACCCCGCAGAACAUUUCCACAGUUUCUUCAUAUUCUACAGCGACCCACGUUUCUGAAGUCUCAACAGUUACGUGGCAAGUCGCCGAGCCUGCGGUGCCGAAAAUAUGUCUGCCAGCCUCCUUUAUACCUGAGGCCACAGCACCAGUUGCUGAAGUACGAAAGCCGGCUUUUAGCACAUUUGCUGACACUAAUGCCGGUCUAAGACCUCCUGCAAGUGGAGGGACGCCACAAGCAAAGAGUCCAGGUCCCACUCCUUAUCAAGCAAUGGGGGGUCAAGCUUUUAUUCGUCCUCUCACUGUGUUGACCCCGCUGGCCAAAUGCAAGAGUCCACGUCCAACAUUCAAAGCAACCGAGCCUUCAAGAUCGCCCAAACCGAUGUUUGAGGUUCCCCAGAUUAGGAUGUAUACGGCGAGCACAUCCUACUAUGAGUCAUCCAGAACCCCACCGGUGUAUGACACAGCUGCUUUGACUGCCAUUGGCAGCACAGCACCUCAAAGUAAAGCACCAGCAGAAACCAGGCAAGAUUUGACUCAAGCAUCUGAGGGCAGAAGAGGGACAGCACCGACGGCUCUGCCUCCUUUACUGGGCCCAGAUCCCCAGAGGAAAACACCAACUCCAGAAACUAAAAGGGGCACCACACCAACAACAGAGGUGGAUACUAUAAUAACACCUACAGUUGAAAUCAAAAGAGCAACCCCAACUUCUGAAAUCAAAAGAGCGACUCCAACUUCUGAAAUCAAAAGAGCGACUCCAACUUCUGAAAUCAAAAGAGCAACCCCAACUUCUGAAAUCAAAAGAGCGACUCCAACUUCUGAAAUCAAAAGAGCGACUCCAACUUCUGAAAUCAGAGUUAAAACACCAACAGGACGGCCUCGAACCCCGGCAUACAAGAGCCGGGCUCCUACGCCGGUCUUUGAAGUCUCAAGACCGAAUCCUCUCUUGUUCGCCGUGUCACCAAUUACAGUAGAGCCAGAGCGGUCACGAACGCCCAAAACAGUUUCUGCUAUGAACGGUAUGUCUGCUUCCCCAAGUGAGAAGGUCAAUGAGCCUAAGCCUGCUGAAACGAUACCCAACGGGGACAUUCAUUUGGACAUCCCUCCUGCGGUAAAACCAAUCCAACAGAGCAUUAGUAAGUCAAAAUCAGAGCCUGAACUGUCAACAGAAGUAGCUCCAGCUGACCCUCAAAGACCUAAAGCUCCAACAACUGAGCCAAAAACACCAGCGGUGACUUCUUACAGCAACCAGAGGCCUAAGACUCCGACAUACGAGGCAUCCCGACUUAUGACCACAUCGCCUGGUUUUAAAAGACCAAGGACACCAAUGUAUGGGACAUCAACUUCUGGGGUAUCACCUGUAGGCUUUCAGAGGCCUAAAACCCCGACCAAAGCUGCUCAAAAAUCAAAGUCUGGCUACCGUGGAUUGACACCGGCUGAAUAUGCUGCUCACGGCGGAAUCAAAACCUACUCUCCAGCUUUUGGUAUCUCCGGGUCCAAGGCACAAACUGAAGAGGAGGUUAAAUCUACAAAAGAGGAACAAGCUGGAUGCAAAGCACCUGUUCAAGAACCACCUGUGAAGGCUCAAGCUAUGUCAGAGGUGUCUAAAGCUAAAGAAACUCCCAAAGAUGUAGAAAAACCUCAGGUGAGGGACGUGAAGGUUGCAAUCACCCCUUCAAUCCCCAUUAUUAUUGUUUCACAGGCGUCUGACACCUCUGUAACAACGUUAGUACAAGAGACAACUACGAUAUCCAGUCAGGUUGCAGUGAAACAAGAAAAAACGGUGAUUCAAGAAGCACCAAAGGCUAAACCCCCAGCGACACAGGCGAAAACGUUUCAGAAACCAGUUCAAGAAGUCGCCAAACCAAAGACAAAACCUCCUGAAGCCAAACCUGUGCCCAAAGGUGAGGACCAGGAUCCUCUGAAGGCAGUAAGGAAACUUUUAGGAAAAGAUAAAGUCCAGAAACCUGUUCCUGAGACAAAAGCUGUUGUAUCAGAUAAGAAAGAGCCUGUAGCUGAAACCAAGACUAAAGAUGAAGGCCAAAAGCCCAGCACCGCAACAGGAAGUGAAGACAAAGGAAAAGAUAAGAAAGAAGAACCAGCUGCAGUCAAAUCUGCGCCGGAGCAAAAGGAAGGCCUUGAAUCCCUCCCUGCUGAGGCCCUUCUUAAAGUCAUGCAAAAGCCAAAGGGAUUGAAAUCCAAACUGAGCGGUUGGUCCAGACUCAAGAAGCACAUGGUGGUGGAGCAGGAGGAGCCCACAUUUCCAGAGAUAGGCCCCAAGAAGGAGGCCGCUGGGACGGACCAGAGCGAGGUGAAAAAGGCCGAAGAGAAGGCCGUGGACAAGCCCAAAACUCAAGACGAGAACGAAACCGAAGACGCUCCCGUAGCAGCCAAAAUGUGGAACGCCGUCCUCUUCCAAAUGUUUAGCACUAAGGAGAACAUCAUGCACCAGAUCGAGCUGAACAAAAGCGAGGACGAGAAGCGGCAAGAGGACACAGACGACCAGAAGGAGGUACCGUCAUUCGCCCACCGGCUGCCCGUGCUGCUGUUCAGUCCAAAGUUUGACGCUAAAAGGCUGAAGGAGGCGGCGUCGAGGCCGACGACGAAAAUCUCGACAGUUUUUGAGAUGGGUCUGAUUGGGCGGAAGGGCAAAGAAGAGGAACCAAAAGACUUUAACAGAACAGCGAGGGGAUUCGCCGCAACUUAAGCUAAUAUGAUAUAUAUAAUAUAUACGUGCCGAGGUGAAAUAUGUUAAGGGAGAGAAGUGAUGAUACAUGUUCAAUGUACAGGUGCAGAAGUCUCUGUUAAAACGAAUGGCGUUCGUGUUGUAGAAGAGUCGGCUUUGAACUUUAUACUUGACAAGUGCUUCGUGUUUCAUUUGUGUGACUGGUUGUCUCGAUGUUUUGUGUUUGUGGAAACAAUUGUCUUAAUUCAGACGUCACAUCCGAUUAAAGCGUUUAUGUUUUCAGUAAAAUCA